GCGGAAAGCCUGGGCACUUCCGGCCCAUCCGGCCUGGACCGCAGUCCUCUGCCAGUGUUCCGCGGUGCGGUCCGGUGGAAAGCUGGGGCACUUCCGGCUCGUCUGGCCUGGACCGGAGACCUCUGUCAAGGUUCCGCGGAGCGGUCCGGCGGAAAGCCGAGGCACUUCCGGCCCAUCCGGCCCGGACGGGAGGCUUCUGCCGAGGUACCGCGGUGCGGUCUGGCGGAAAGCCAGGGCACUUCCGGCUUAUCCGGCCCGAACCGGACAGCUGCUGAUCUCCCGGGUCCGCGCCGUCCUCCCCUCAGCGACAGUAUGGAGCGCGUGGACAAAGUUGUGCCGAACGCCCUGCAGCGACCCGCGUUCGGGAGCGAAGACUUCUUCCCGUCCAGCUUGAAGACGCUCCUAGUCUUCACCGCGUUAAUAAUCACGGUGCCCAUCGGCUUGUACUUCGCGACCACGUCCUGCGUGUUCCGAGGCGCCCUCGGGAUGUCCAACCGAGACAGUGAUUUUUACGCCGCCAUCGUGGCGGUGGUGGCGGUUCACAUCGUGCUGGCUCGUUUUGUGUAUGUGGCCUGGAACGAAGGCUCACGGAAGCUGCACGAAGGCAAACAGGACUAACUAAACAGAAAGAAUUUACUGACAAUGCGAAGAUGGCUUUUGAACAAGAUGACUUUGAAAAAGCCAAGGAAAUCUUAACAAAGAUGAAAUACUUUUCUAAUAUAGAAGAAAAGGUCAAGUUAAAGAAGAUUCCCCUCUAGUUGCUGUUGUAAUUCUUAAAAAAUAAAUGUGUGUAUUUCUUUUCUGA